AUGAAAGAAAUGAAAAACCACUUGGAUCAAGCUCUGCGCGAUAGGGAUAAAGCACAAAGGGACUUGGAGGAGGCUAAAAACUCUGGCGACUCAGUGGAAGCGCUACGAGAAACAUUGGAAGAAAGGGAGGAGGAAUACAUGAAGCAAAACCGACUGCUUCUCGACGCACAUAGGAGGGAAGUCGAAUACAAAAACCUAGAAAUAAGCGAGCUGGUAGACCAAAGAACCCGAGUUCGGCGUGAAAGAAAUCAAGCACAAAGGGCUCUUAACCUCGCCCUGCAAGAGUUAGACUUAACUAGAGACGAUGCUAAGGACCUACAAACCACCAUAGCCGACUCUUUAGUGGAGCGGCGGCGGUUAAUGGCUGAAAUUAAUACUAAGGAGGAACAAAUCCGGCAAAGAGAUCAGGCUAUUGAAGACCUGGAGGGGCAAAUAGAGCGGCAGCGAGAAGUAGUUGCGGACCAAACUCGUACCGAAGAGGAAAGGGAGGCUGCCCAAAGGGAAACAGAAGAUCUAGAGGUGCGCCUUGCGGAAUUACGGGCGCAAAAGGAAAACCUGGAAAAGGAGCUGGGACUUAUUACCAAGGAAAAGGUAAAAAGAGCCCUUUUGAAGUAUGGUCUUCCGCUGGCAUUUGCGGUCGCUAUUUCGAGCAUAGUAGGCGUGAUCUUGUCCGCGCUUAAGGCUACAGGCGCGGGCGUAAAGAAAUUAGGCAAUGGGCUGAUGGACUUGGGAAAAAAGAUGGCAGCCGGUCUUCCUGGGCUGCUGGGUAGCGUUCUUGGCCUGGCACUUAGGGCCGGCGGAGAACUGCUAAAGUUUGUGGGGAAUAACAUUUGGAUAUUAGUCGUAGCUAUUGGAGUGGUACUCCUGAAGAAGAUGAAGGGUUGAUCUUAUCCUUGUGUAUUACUGGUGGCUUAUCGUCGUCGGGCAUCCGAGGCGUCCUCGACUGGGGAUAAGUAAAGAUACUAUUCACACCACCUUGAUAAUGCGGAACUAGUGGUAUGGCGGUCAUAGUAGAAAUGGUCUUAUGAUUCCAAACAGCAUCCGUUGGAGGAUCUUUUGACGGGGCGGCAUUUAUCCGAAGGUAGGCAACGUC